GCACAAUACAAAAACAGAUCAAAUGAUAAAAUGGCACAUACCGUACUUGACAUAAAUUAGUAGCCACAGUUACUCAAUCUGAUUUUUAUUUCUUAAAAGCUUAACCAUUUAGCGUUAAAUGAAAAUAAACGAAAAUGGAAAGCAAACAAUGGUGCCAAGCAGACAAGAGAGCAAAGAAAGUCUUAUCUCAAUAUGGAGGCAAAAAUUCAUUAUCCAGUGCUAGAACAAAACCUCUUUCUGAGAAUAGUGCUGACAACGGUGGAAUUGUAUCUGAAGUAAGAGCUAAGACGGAAAGUAUUAACUCACAUCAGGAAUCUGGACACAGGUGUAAAACUGUAACCAAGCAACUGGUUCCAAAAGGGUAUACAGUAAAACCCAUAAUCCCCGCAAGAAAUGCUGAUUUGGUUUCUGUAGCAAAAGCUAUGCACAGAGAACAGUUUGGAAAGACUGUAAAACAAUUGUUCAACCCGGAGACAGAAGCAGCCAAGAAGGCCAUGCAGACUGGAAUAUAUAUUGGUUGGAGAUGCCCAGAAAACAACUGGGAUUGCUUUAGAGUUGGUGAUGAAUCCAAAUGCUUUUGUGGUCAUUUUUUAAAGGAACAUCAAAAUUAUACAGGUCAGAGUGUAAGAGUUCCAUGCUGCAUGACAUCCUGCAGAUGCAAAGCUUUUGAGUUCAUUCCAGCUCGGCCAGAAGAAGUUGGAGAGUUCUGGCACAGAAAGAGACCUGGCUUUGAUGAAUCAACAUGGAGAGCUAGAUGCCGGUGCAAACAUCAUCAUGAGGAGCAUGAUCCCACCACACGGCGUGCCUGCAAAGCUAAGGGUUGCCAGUGCUGGAUGUUUGAGUCAGACUUUCUCUGUGCUGCAUGUGACAGACACUGGGAAGAACAUGAGACAUUUUUUGAUACUGCUCUGUCCAGGAAAGAAAAGGGGCUUCCUUACGGGGAACACUUCCUUCCAUUUGCUGAGAUGCCUAGUCUUAGAAAUGUAGUUCUGUUUGAAAAAACUGAUAAAUUGGAACCUGCACCCAUUAGAAGAGGCCCUCAACAAUUAACAUGUCCACCAGCUUUGGAAUAUUCCUUCACUAAUCCUAAUGCAACUAAAGCAGUUCCCACUUGCAGUAGGAGAAUGAAUUCUGAUCCAAUUUUAUAAAAUGCUUUAAAUCUCAUUACCAGCAUGUAUGUGAUUACAAAAUGGCUCCCUAUCAGAUUAUCAUGGAAUGGGUAAUGUUCCUUUCCUCACUGUAGUGUGAUCUCGGAGUUGAUAUAUUUAAUAAUCAGGGGCUGUGGGAGAUGUGGGUGGGGGCUUAGCCCCUGCAAAAUAUAAAAAAAAUUGUUUUUAUUUUUUUUAUUUUAUUUUCAAAGUUUUAAAACUUCAAUCAUAUGGUCUCGGUCAUAUGAAUUUCAAAGUUUUGAAUCUUCAAUGGUCUGAUAGGGAUCUUAUAAAACAUAUAAGACUUUCAACAGCAUUUAAUAUUCCAUCAAUCAUAGUGCAGUUCUUCAUUAUGAGGUAAAACAAGCCAAAUCAUGCUUUGUAUACACAAUAAGAUGGUCAUUUUGGAACUUAGGAGUUUGAAAUUGCUAAAAAAUACGUCAUAUGCAUGAAAUUCAUUUUAGUUACUAAAAAAGUAGAAUUCAGUUAAUUUUACAGUGUUACUGUACUACUGUAUAAUGUUGUGUAUUUUAUCAUAAAUAUAGAGCUUGUGUCUCUGCAGCAUAAUCAUUUACAACAUUUAAUGAAUAAAGUUGUUAAUCUGA